CGACCCAAGAACAAUAACGUUUCCAUAAUGAAGUCUACAAAAAAUCUAAUUAUAGCUUGCAGUGGUAGUGUCGCCACCAUCAAAUUGCCAGUUUUAAUAGAAAAAUUGCAAGAUCCUAGCCUGGAUUUCAGAUUUAAUAUUAAAGUGAUUUUGACGGAACAUGCGAAACAUUUCGUAGAUUUUGCUAGCGUGCCGCAGAGUGCAGAAUUAUUGGAUGAUGAGAUGGAAUGGAAAGCCUGGAAUAAGCGCGGCGAUCCAGUAGUGCAUAUUGAGUUAGGAAAAUGGGCCGAUGUAUUAGUGAUUGCACCGCUCAGUGCGAAUUCUUUGGCAAAAAUAUCAAUGGGUUUAUGCGAUAAUCUUCUUAUGUGUGUGAUACGCGCUUGGGAUUUGAAAAAACCGCUUUUAUUUUGCCCUGCUAUGAAUACACGCAUGUAUGAUCAUCCAAUUACUUCGGACCAAAUUAAUAAACUGAAGUCUUGGGGGUACCACGAAAUACCAAGUAUAGCAAAGACUCUAAUAUGUGGUGACACUGGCAAUGGGGCUAUGGCCGAUGUUGACACUAUUAUAAUAGAAAUACUAAACAAACUUCAAAAAUAAAUAAUAUAAUUUUUUAGUUACAAUGCAA